CUAUCUUGCCUGAAUGUCACUCCCCAUGCUGCAGUAUUGACCCUCCACAAGGCUUAUUCGAACAGACUCUCUGGUCUGAUACAGAGCUGCCACACUUGCGAUGCUCGCGAGGCGGAUGCUACCGGCGGCCAGGAUGGUCUUGGGCAGGCGGCACUGCCUGAUCCUGACCCACUCUCUGCUCCAUAGACCUCUCGAUCGACGGCGGAUGGCAGACUUGCGUACCUUCUCAACCACAUCGAGACUCCGAGAGGCAGCUCCUGCGACUGUAUUGGCCGAGUCGCCUUUACCACUACCUCCGAGUCCGACUGUCUCACCCGCUGCCUCUGCUGUGCGCCUUCGACCCUACCAAGAGCGCGCAGUCAGUGACUGCUUGACCGCCAUCGCCGAGGGCACAUCGCGGAUCGGUGUCUCUUCCCCAACAGGCUCAGGCAAGACGACGAUGUUUACAGAGCUCAUUGCUCGUCUGCCAAAUCUGCCGAAUGUCCACAGUCAGGCCAGCGAUCCCGUACUGCACCGGCCUGGAGACCGCGUCCUGAUCAUCGUAGGCGCUAUUGAGCUUGCAUUGCAAGCGGCUUCGGCUGUGACGAGGGCGCAUCCGCACCUCCACGUCGAGAUUGAGCAAGGAUCAAAGUACAGGGCAACUGGCACAGCCGACGUGACUGUGGCUACUUAUCAGACGCUGACUCGCAGUGAAGAUCGGCUGAGCAAGUUUCGCUCCGAGGGUUUGAAGGCGAUUAUCGUCGACGAGGCGCACCACGCUGCUUCACCCAGCUACAUCUCACUGCUCGCCAACUUUGACUCCGAGGUGGGGCUCAGCCGAGAUGAGAGGAGAGAGGCACUUGCACAGCAGGCCGCGGCGGUGGCACCCGGUCCCUCGACCUCAUUCACUAACACCUCGACGACAGUUCGGCGUCGGAUACCCAUCAUCGGCUUCUCGGCUACAUUCUCACGUCAUGACGGACUGGCCCUUGGCCGGGUAUUCGAUCGUAUCGUUUACCAUCGCGACUUCCUAGAGAUGAUCGAUGAGCAGUGGCUCUGCCCCGUCCGCUUCACCUCCAUCCGCUCUAACCUGGACCUGAGCGCCGUCAAGGUCAGCUCGACCUCUGGCGACUUCCUACCCAAAUCACUGGCCUCUUUCACCAAUAUUGCGCCGGUCAACAGGCUCAUUGUACGUUCUUGGCUCGACAGAGCUGCCGAUCGUCGCAGUACACUCGUCUUCUGCAUUGAUGUGCAGCACGUCAUUGACCUCACUGCCGAAUUUCGCGAGGCGGGCAUCGAUGCUCGCUAUUUGCAUGGCGGGACCAGCAUGAAGGAGCGUAAGCAGCUCCUUGAGGACUUCAAGCAGGGCAAGUACAGAGUCCUUGUCAAUUGUGCCAUCCUCACAGAAGGCUUUGACUUGCCUCAGAUCGAUGCGGUCCUCUUGGCUCGUCCGACUCGCUCUCGAAACCUCUUUUCACAGAUGAUCGGCAGAGGGCUGCGCCUGUCCCCUCAAACGGGCAAAAGAGACUGCCUCAUCCUAGACUUGGUGGGCACCAUUGAGCGUGGUGUGAUCUGUACUCCUACCCUCUUCGGACUCGAUCCGGAAGAACAGAUUGAGGGCAUGUCCCUCGAAGAGCUCAAGGAGCGGGCCGAGGAAGCCAGCCAGCGCGGCGCCAAUGUCGCAUUGGACGAUUGCGACGACCCGACGAGGAUCACCUUUGUCGAUUAUGCCUCUCCGCACGAGCUGCAGAGCGCCGUCAGCCGGAAAAUCGGGGACUUCAUCUACCGCCUCUCGCCCAACGCAUGGGUUGACUGCGGAGCUGGCGUGUACAUCUUGGACAUCCCUCGUAAAGGCUUCAUCCGUGUGCAGAGAGGCGAGCCGAUUCUCGAAGGAGACGCGGCAGAGGAGGGCUCGGAUACCGAAGAGGACACUCCGUCCUUCACGCCUGCCAUGGCCACCUCGACAUGGUCUGCGACCUUCACCCCUCAAAACAUCGACUACGACGAGGCCGUGGCCACGAGCAACCGUCGCUCUUUCUCCCCCUAUCGUCGCGCCAUUUCCAUUCUAGGCGAUGCAGAUGCUGAGCAGGCUCCCAGUCUCGAAGCUUGCAUCCGCGUUUGCGAUACCUAUGCUACGAAACACGUCUUGCGCUCUGGACCCAUGAAUCAAUUGUUGCGCAGGGAUGCAGAGUGGAGAAAAAAGGCCGCCUCGCCUUCCCAAAAGGCACUGGUGGCCAAGAGACUAGGAUUUCAGCCCGACGCCGAGUCCUUUACGAAUCUCAAACCCAACAGCAAGGCGGCAACGAAUGCAGAGGCAGAAGUGGACGGUAUCAGCCCUCAUGCCAGUCGUGAGCUGUCCUCGAGGCAGGCAGAGUCCGAGAAGACUCUGUCGGAGCUGACGAGGGGCAAGGCGAGUGAGAUUCUCACACGGCUCAAGUUUGGCUUCCGAAAGAGGUGGGAGGGCGAGGUCAAGGCGUACAAUCGAGGUGUGAAGGCUAGACUAAAGGAGAGGGAGAGGAGAGAGAAGGAGACGGUCAAGGUGGGAGAGUUGUAGAAGCGCGCAGUAGAGCAGUCCUUCGCACUCAGAGAUGAUGGAGUCUCGAGAAUGAUACCCAGAGCAAUGCAUUUGAUAUCGAUACAGACGG